UCUUGAUCUUUUAUUCCUUUUGAUUUUUCCAUCAUUGUUGGGAAACUAUAAAAGCAUAAAAGUUGAAAAUUUAAUCAAAAAAAAAAAAAAGAGAAAGGAAGAAGAAAAAUGGCAUGGUCUCCAUUUUUUCCUUCUUCCAGUCCUCUCUGCUGUUCAUCACUCACUACUAUCCACCUUAAUUCCCUUUGCAAAACUCCCACUUUAUUCCAUCACUACUCAAUUAACCACAAACAUGAUAAUAAGUCUCCACAAUUAUCCAAGAAUCAUCUUUAUCUUAAUUCCCACACAAAAAAGUUCAUUUCUUUCUCAAAAACAAAGUCCACUGAAUCCAAGAUUGAAGAUAAACAAUCAUCAUCAAAAGAAGUGGACUGUGUAGGAACUGGAUUAGAUGUGGAGUGUGUAGUAAACCCUUCUGAGGAAUUAUCCAAAGACUCAAACUUUAUGUUUAAAAAUGUGAAAGGAGAUGAAAGGGUGUUGUUGUUUGAGACAAUAUUGGAAUGGGGUUUGUUAAUUUCACCUUUCUUCUUUUGGGGUACAGCUAUGGUAGCAAUGAAGGAAGUUUUACCAAAGACUGGACCUUUUUUUGUUUCAUCAUUUAGGUUGAUUCCUGCUGGUUUAAUGUUGGUUGGUUUUGCUGCUUCAAAGGGUAGGAAUUUUCCUAAUGGAUUCAUUGCUUGGUUGUCUAUUACACUCUUUGCUCUUGUUGAUGCUACUUGUUUUCAGGGAUUUCUUGCUGAAGGACUUCAGAAGACAUCUGCUGGCUUAGGCAGUGUGAUAAUAGAUUCACAGCCUUUGACAGUGGCUGUGCUCGCAGCUUUGUUAUUUGGUGAGUCCAUAGGUUCUGUUGGAGCUGCAGGUCUUGUGCUCGGGGUGAUAGGCCUUUUACUCCUUGAGGUACCCGCUCUCUCUGUUGAUAAUAGCAACUUCACACUUUGGGGAAGUGGAGAGUGGUGGAUGUUUCUUGCAGCACAAAGCAUGGCUGUCGGCACAGUAAUGGUCCGUUGGGUUUCUAAAUACUCGGACCCAGUCAUGGCUACUGGAUGGCACAUGGUUAUUGGGGGACUUCCGCUGGUGGCUAUCUCCAUUCUCAAUCAUGAACCUGUCAUUAGUGGGAGUUUUAAGGAACUAACAACGAAUGACUUGUUGGCUUUGCUGUAUACUUCAAUCUUUGGAAGUGCCAUAAGCUAUGGUGUAUACUUCUACAAUGCAACAAGAGGUAGCCUGACAAAGCUCAGCUCCCUCACCUUUUUAACUCCAAUGUUUGCAUCGGUUUUUGGGUUCCUAUAUCUAGAUGAGACCUUCACACCCGUGCAACUUAUUGGAGCAUUCGUCACAGUGGCUGCAAUUUACAUGGUUAAUUACAAAAGUGAUGCCAAAUGAUAUAGCUGGCAAUCAACUGAUACUCCUUGUGUCUGGAGAGAGAAGAAAGCUCAACGGAUUAAUUACUCCAUUUUGCACAAGAGAAAUACACUGUAUAGAAAAAAUUCUCAAGAUUAUAUUAAGACCCUACAAGAGGAGACGCACAGGUUAAUAUACAAGCCAGAACUUGCUUGGAGAUGGUUUCCCAACCCAAGUUUUCGAGAUGAUGUAUUAUCACAUUAGGUGUAGAGAAACUUUUCUUGGAUAAAAUGUCCAGGAAUAAUAGCUAUGUAACUGUUAGAGUUGUGUACAGAAUUCUCAUGCUACCACAGCAUCAAGCUUAACAUAUGUAUUUGUGCCUAUUCCAAUAUCUUAUUAUCAAGUUUGAAAUCUGUAUAAAUGUGAAACUCCAUUAUCAGCCCCCA